AUGAUAGUAAACGUAGCACCAUCCUCCUCCAUCAAUUCUCCGGUAGCUUUUCCGGUUAAACGGAAUUUGAAGAUCCAAACAACUCCGAAGCCUUUUGUUCUCCAAAGUAAAGGGUCCAUUUUUUCUUGUCAUCUUCGGCAGAAAAUUACAUGUAAUGGGAGAAUUAAUGUUGCUGUAAAUGUGGAGAUGAAGGAAGGAGAGAAAAAAAGAGGUGCCGUGAGAAUAGUGAGUAUUGUUGGAGAGGCUAGUGUUAAUCCUCUUAAGUCUGCUCCUUGGCUUCAUGUCAUGCUUCACACUGCAGAGAGACUGAAAUGGGUUGAUGAAGAGUUUGAAAUGAUGGUCUUUUCCGACAACUUUGUCAAUGAAGAUGAAACUGUCAACCACGUUAGAAAUGAGCUGGAUCGUGCUGACAUUUUGGUGGUCGUUGCUGUCAGAAAUGAAGGAUCAGUCAACUGGAUACAGUCUAACAGCCAGAGUGUACCAAACAUCAUAUGCUUUGAUUCCUCUUUGGCACUAAGAAACAAACUAGGUGGAUGUUUUGUUGAAACUAAAAAGAGGGGAGACAUAUUUAGCAGUUUACUUCCAUUCUCUCAAUCUAAGAAACUGGACGAAUCUGUGGAGAUAGCCCGAACAGUGUUUGACGCUUGGGAAAGGCAUAAUUCUGAUGACAUACGGUUCUGCUUAUUAGUUAUAAUUAAUGCUUAUAUAACACCAGUUUCAACGCUGAAGAACCUUAGAGCAAAAGGAUUCUCCACCUUGAACUGCGGGCCUCAGAUAUUAAAUUGUCUACUGGAUCCUAACUGUAGGAAGGCACUUCAAUGCUUGAACAACUGCAGCCCUGUAGAUCAAGUAUGCAAUUAUCGUUGUAUUGCCUCAUAUGAGAGCAAAUACCUAGAAGAGUUCUCUCUCUGUGUACUGCAGAAGAAUAACUGUCUUGAACUCGAUGCAAAGAUCCCUGAAAAACCUUGUGUGCCUCCAAUGUCAGAGUUUCGAGGGGAGAAAUUGUCUCCUGAAAUUGCUGAGGACGUCUUUGUGGGUUGGUUAGGGACAUUGGACUGGAGUUGGCGCAUUGUAGCAGGGCAGAAUCCAGCUUAUGACCAAUUCCCAUGCCAGUACCAAUUAUUCUAUCGGGGUAAAGCAAGAGGGUCAUUCUGGUAUGAGCCAGCUUUUCAGGUAAGAACGCUUGAAGGGUACUUGGUCUGGAGAAGGCGGAAGUAUAGAGUGAAAAGAGGAAAAGUUCCCGGAACAUUUCACUUCAGUGUAUUGGAUAAUGGAGUUGUUUCUAACGAGUUCUGGACAAUUGUAGAUGUUUCUGACGAUUUGAGCUGGGGUCUGUUCCACUAUCAUGGAGCUGCACGAGUGGCGGGGCAGUCAUAUACCGGGGCAGUUCUUGUCAGCCCAGAUGGAGAAUAUCCAGCUCAGAAGGACAAAGAAAGGUUGGUAUCUGCAUUGGAUGGAUGUGGUAUCAAAGAAUGGGAGCUAUUCAAUGUUGAUAACUGUUCAUGUGAAGAUGCACCACUGGGACUUCCAGAAGGCUCAAGUCUGCAUUCUAAAAUUCAAGUCCAUGGCCAGAGGCAUUCUUCAGUCUAGGAGCCUGCAUUUUUUUGUUAAAACUAAACUUGUGUUUUGUAUGGUUUAUUGAUAGGUCAAUCAUGAUGAAUGAAGAUUGUUACAUCCUAUUGUAAAAUUAUAGCGUACUUGUGAAGGGAAUAACUUUUUGUUACACAUAAUUAGGAGAAAUUUUUUAGUUUUUAACUUCAAUUUACCUUCCUUUCUUCUACUUUUCCUUCUUGUGAUGAAGUACUU